UAUAUAUAUAUAUAUAUAUAUAAUCUGAAACCCCACUUGGUUUUCUUGUCCUGGGUUCUUCCUGAUAUUAGGUGCUUUCUUCUCCUUGGGAUUUUCGCAACUAAACACUCAUUUUUCUUGUUCCUCAUCUUCCAGGUAUCCCUCAAAUGAUUAGUCUCUCUCCAAUAGUGUCCAAACUUUUUUACCCUAUAUAACUAGCUAGCUCCACAUGCAGCCACUACUCAUUAGGAUUGAGAUCACCCACUUGGAUCCCUCUGAUCUGUCUGAUCUCUUGAACUAAUCUUCUCUCUCUCUUUCUCUCUCUCUGUCAUGGCUGAGAUUGAUUAUUCUAGAAAACAGAGUACCAUCACCACCACACCUCUAAAGCUCUUUGGCUUCAACAUCCAGAACGUUUCAGAAGAAAACGACUCAGAUUCAAGCAAAUCCCCAUCUGGGUCUCAGGAAUCCGAAACUUUCCAAUCCGUUGAAGGCCGAAAAUACGAGUGCCAAUACUGUUGCCGCGAGUUCGCAAAUUCACAAGCAUUGGGUGGGCAUCAAAACGCCCACAAGAAAGAACGGCAGCUACUAAAGCGCGCACAAAUGCAAGCCAGUCGAAACCAGCUGGUAGCUGCUUCUCACAUGCGGCGAAACCCAAUGAUAUCAGCGUUCGCGCCACCGCAUCACCUCCUUGCUCCGGGGGCUGCGCCGCCUCAGGCCCCUUCAUGGUUUGUCAUGUCUCAUGCAGGAACUGCCACUCCUUUCGCCCUGCCAAAUGGCACCGUGUAUCAUCAUCAUUCUGCGUCGGCCUCGGUGCCGCCGGGAAGAGGUGUGUAUGCCGGGGGAUCAUUUGGGGAGUCAAUGAUAGCAGUUUUGUCUAAUGGGGAUGGACACCAUGCCGGAGUUAUCCCGGGGAUGAGUGGGUUCGCCAGAGACGGUGCCGGAGGGUCUCACUUCGACAAAGGCUUGGGUCUGGAUUUGCAACUCGGUCUUGGACCUAACUCAUGAGCCAAGAUUUGGGCCCAUGGGAAAUAUGUGGACUUAGGAGCUUGGUGAAUGUAAAUUUCCAAUUUUCUAACUUUAAUGAGUGAAGCAAUUUCAUGUACAUUCUGCGCAAAAAACAGUUCAUUUUUGUUCUCUGAAACUUACUUUCAUUGUUAGCCUCUUUUUUCUCAUAGAGAGCUACUUGUGUUUCUUUGAUCUUAAAAAGAACAGAAAAGAAAUCGUUGAUGAUUGGGAAGUAUGGUUCUGUUUAAGAAUUAAGCUGAGUGUGAAAGCAAAGGAGGUUGUAUGUGGAAGCCAAUUCUAAGUUUUGACAUUUCUCUUGGGUU